AUGAUUUGGGGUGCCAUGUCAUCUGCUGGUGUUGGUCCACUGUGUUUUAUCAAGUCCAAAGUCAACACAGCCAUCUACCAGGAGAUUUUAGAGUACGUCAUGCUUCUGUCUGCUGACAAGCUUUAUGGAGAUGCUGAUUUCCUUUUCCAGCAGAACGUAGCACCUGCCCACAGUGCCAUAACUACUACUAACUGGUUUGCUGACCAUGAUAUUACUGUGCUUGAUUGGCCAGCCAGCUCGCCUGACCUGAGCCCCUUAGAGAAUCUAUGGGGUAUUGUCAAGAGGAAGAUGAGAAACACCCGACCCAACAAUACAGACGAGCUGAAGGCUGCUAUCAAAACAACCUGGGCUUCAAUAACGCCUCAGCAGUGCCACAGGCUGAUCGCCUCCAUGCCACGCCGCACUGAUGCAGUAAUUCGUGCUAAAGGAGCCCUGACCAACAAGGGCAUUUCAGAGAGGCGGGGCUCCGGCUUGCAAGUAGUUUCUCCGGCCGACAGUCGCACUAACAGUCCCAGAGAACGCGGACUUUUUGUAAGAAGUUUGCAGACGCUACCUCAUGUACAGGACUACGACGUUGUCCGACCUCAGAUGCUGAAAGUUCGAGCGAAGAGGAGCUUGUCUUUGGCACAGACAUAUCCUGAAGAACUUCACUAUGCAUUGACCAUAGAAGGAAAGAAUUUAACAGUUCAUCUUGAGAAAAACAAGUUUCUCAUAGGGAAGUCUUACACCGAGACAUACUACUUAGAAAACGGAACAGAAGUGACCACGUCGCCAAAUUCUGAGGACCACUGCUAUUAUCAUGGCCACGUCCAAGACGUUGGGGACUCCUCCGUCAGUGUUGCAGUGUGUUCUGGGAUAAGGGGUUUUCUGAGGGCAGAGCAGCAGGUGUACCUGAUUGAGCCUCUCACUGGGUCGGCUGAGGGUGAACAUGCGGUCUACAGACAAGAGCACUUGAGAAGGAAGAGAAGCACUUGUGCUGACUCCAAUGGAACCAUGUACGACAACGGGCCCAGAGUCUCUGGGCUGUUUGAUUUGGGCAGCUGGAAAAGCAAACCCCUGCUAUCUCGAGUGAAAAGAUUUGUGGAGAUGUUUUUGGUGGUUGACAAUGCAGAGUAUAAGAGAUACGGGAAAAAUAUGGAAAGGAUAAAGGCCAGGAUGCUGGAAGUCGCGAAUCAUGUUGAUAAGGUGUAUCGGCCUGUGAACAUACGUGUGAUGCUCGUAGGGUUAGAGGUGUGGUCUGACAGGGACAAGAUGGAUGUCAGCACCAAUCCUGAUGAAACCCUCACUAGAUUUCUCAAGUGGCGUGAGGACAACCUUGUAGCAAGGAAGAAACACGACAACGCACAGUUUGUCACUGGUGUCGAUUUUGAGGGCUCGACUGUCGGCUUGGCAACUAAAUUUGCUAUGUGUACUGGAAGCUCUGGUGCAGUGAAUGAGGACCAUAAUGUGAAUCCCAUCGGAGUGGCGUCCACCAUAGCCCACGAGAUGGGGCACAACCUGGGCAUGUCCCAUGAUACAUCUGUCUGCAGCUGCGGGGGGUCAGGCUACAGCAGGAACUGCAUCAUGGCCGACAGUGUCGGAUAUAUCUACCCAGAAGAUUUCAGCAGCUGUAGCAAAGCUCAACUGAGCUCCUUCCUGGAGAAGGCCAACCCCAGCUGCUUGCUGGACAAGCCCAGUGCAGACAGGAUUUACGGGGGUCCCGUGUGCGGGAACGCCUUCGUGGAGCCCGGAGAAGAGUGCGACUGUGGGACUGUGGAGGAAUGCCAGAACCCGUGCUGUAACGCUAGCACCUGCAGGCUCACUGAGGGAUCGCAGUGCGCUGAGGGAGAGUGCUGCCAGAACUGCCAGCUGAAACCAGCGGGAAGCCUGUGCCGGGACAGCGUGGGUGACUGCGACCUCCCCGAGCUCUGCACGGGACAGUCAGCGGAGUGCCCCAAAGACGCCUUCCAGAUGAACGGGUUCCCGUGCAACGGGGACCAGGGUUACUGCUACAACGGGCGCUGCCCCACACACCAGCAACACUGCACGCGGCUCUGGGGACCAGGUGCACGAGUCGCAAUGGAUGCAUGCUUUUAUCAGAACACUUACGGCACAAAGGAUGCCCACUGCAGAAAGAUCAGAUACAGCUACCAGAAAUGUGCACCAGAGGAUGUGAAAUGUGGCAAGAUAUUCUGCACUGGAGGGAAUGAGUUUCCCAUCACUGGACAGAAAGCCAUCUUAACCCUGUUUCGGGCACAGUGCAACAUCGCUUUGGAUAUGUCUGAUUCAGACGACCUGGGUAUGGUACCAACAGGAACCAAGUGCGGAGACAACAAGGUGUGCUACAACAACCGUUGCCAGGACAUCAAAGUUUACGGCACAGAUGAAUGCUCUGCAAAAUGCAACAACCGUGGGGUUUGUAACCAUGAGAAGGAGUGUCACUGCGAACCAGGCUGGGCGCCACCCUACUGCGACAUCAGACUGUCGGACCUACCACCAGAGGGUAACGCUGUGAUCAUUGGAGCGUCUGCUGCAGUGGCCGUACUUGUCCUGCUCAUGCUCAUCUUUGGUGCCUUGCUGUGCACCAGGAAACCGAAGAAACAACAGUACCCAAGUAAACCGAAGGUGAGUGCCUCCCCUGGCCUGUCCAACCCGCUGUUCCAGGAUGGGGGUGUGAAGGGCACGCCCCGCUCUAGGACACCCCUGAUCAGCGAGCCCACCUUCGUGGAGUCAACCGCCACCCAGGCCUGCACCCCACUGCACGUCACAGUCCUGCCCAGCCGGCCGCCCCCGCAGCCCCCCAUGAAAAUAACAGAGAAACCUCCUGCAGGUUCAGAACAGGUUGUAAAGCCCAACAUUCCACCACCUGUUGCUCCAAAUAAACCAGCAUAUUUACAGGCGAAACCACAACCUCCAACAAAGCCUCUGCCUCCACUGGAUGUCAAACAGGGCAACAAGCCAAAGCUGCCUCCCCCAGUACCCCCUGCAAAGCCAACAGGAACACAAGCACCCUGGAAACUACCUCAGGUCUCCGGGGGACAAAAGGUCGCCCUGAGGCCCCCCACAAAGCCCAGAUGACGGCAAAAAAAGGGACUCAGCUCUGACUCACCGAAACCACCGAGGAGGUCCGGCGACCAACACUGAAGCCUGUUCUGAGACACUGGCUUUGAAGAUGAUGCAAGCACCGUUAAUUUGCAUCUGCUGUGUGUGUGUAUGCGUGCACCUUUAAGGAGUAGAAACUGCAGAGUGGUAUGGCAAGGGGAUAACAAACUGCCAUCAGAAGGCAAAGAGAACUGUAUGUCUGCACAGAU